AUGCGGUCUCUAUUCUUUGCAGGCUUGUUGUCCUGCAGCUCACUGGUUGCUGCAACGGCCAUUUCGGGUGGCACGCAUAGGCGGGCGGAUCACGUAUCUCCUCGCCCUCAUAUUGUCUAUUCGCCCAAGUCCCCGUCAACGGCGCCCGCGGAGCCGAAGCCGCGCUGCAAGACCUGCUUUGUGGAGACGCAUGGCGAUGGUGUUACUGACGACUCAGAAUACAUUCUCAAGGCGUUCAACGAGUGCAACAAUGGAGGUCAUGUUGUCUUUCGGGAGGGCGAGACCUAUAUCAUUGGGACAGCGAUGGACUGGACAUUCUUGAAGUCCAUUGACAUUGAUAUCCAAGGAGAAAUCUUAUUUUCUAAUGAUACGGCAUAUUGGCAGGCUAACUCGUUCCCUUUUGUCUUUCAAAAUGUCACGUCGUUUUUCAAGCUAGGAGGGGAUGAUGUCUUUAUCUACGGCGGUGGCACUCUCAAUGGCAACGGGCAGGUGUGGUACGACGCAUAUGCCGCCGAUAUCUACACGCUCCGUCCAGUCUUGAUUGGCAUUGAUGGCCUGAAGAACAGCAUCAUCUCGGAUCUGGUCCUGCGAUAUUCUCCACAGUACUACCACUUCAUUGCCAACUCAUCCAAUGUCGUGUUCAACAACAUCGACAUCGCCGGAGGAAGCACGAACCCCAAGGUGACAGCCAAGAACACCGACGGCUGGGAUACGUAUCGGAGUGACGGCAUCACUAUCCAGAACUCGGUCAUUAACAAUGGUGAUGACUGUGUCUCAUUCAAACCCAACUCAACGAAUGUUCUGGUUCAGUCGCUAUUCUGCAACGGGUCUCACGGCGUUAGUGUCGGGUCCCUAGGCCAGUACGUCGGCCACUACGACAUUGUAGAGAAUGUAUAUGUUGCCAACAUCUCGAUGCACAACGCGACCGACGGCGCGCGCAUCAAGAUCUGGCCUAACACGCCUUCAGCGCUCAGUGGUGACUUGCAAGGAGGCGGCGGCGACGGCCGUGUUAACAACAUCACCUACACUGACUGGAUCAUCGACAACGUCGACUACGCCAUUGAAGUCGACCAGUGCUAUGGCCAGAAGAACCUCACACUCUGCCUCGAGUAUCCCAGUCCGCUGAAGAUCACCAACGUUCUCUUCAACAACUUCAAAGGAACGGCGAGCAAUAAGUACCAGCCCCAGGUUGCCAACUUCGCUUGCAGCUCCGAAACGGCUUGCUCGAACAUCCUCUCGACGAACUUUGAUGUCGUCAGCCCCAACAACACGAAUGAGGCCUAUUGUCUCAACUUUGAGCAGUCAGCUUUGGAUGGAGUGACCUGCACUACCGUUUUCAAGGGGUUCAAUUGA